UUACGCGUUCCUGUAAUGAAUGACGUAGCCUACUGUAAGAACAAAGAAGGGCGUAUAGUUUCAUUUUCACGAAAGCUGAAGACUGUGGGGAGUUUGUAACACCAUUACACACAAAAAGUAAUAGAAUAUUUUGCACUGAAAUGAACAUUUGAACAUCCAUGGAAUUCCAGAUAACAUUUCCAAUUCCAAUUCCAAUUCCAAUUCAGCCAGUACUUAGAAAAACAGACCCUCUAAUAAAAUGCAUCAUAGACAACAAGGCAGACAAACUUCGCAAAAUAAUAAGAGGCAGAGAUAUUAAUGGAUUGUACACUUCUGAAGACUGGAGCGAUGAUGUUACUCCAUUAUCUGCAGCAGUUUUAUGCAGAAAUGAAGAAAUCUGCUCUUAUCUACUUGGAGAGUCAGCUGAUCCAAACAAACUAUCAACAAAUGGACGAACAUCUUUAGAUUAUGCUGCUUUAACAACUGGAGUUUCACUGAGUAUUGUGAAAAGAUUACUUGCAGCAAAAGCUGAUCCAGACGGAUUUCAAUUUUAUACUCCGUUGCAAUGUGCUGUUGAUCGUGACCGUGAAGACAUUGUGAAAGCACUUAUAGAAGCUGGAGCUUCACCUGAAAGGAACUAUGGGGUGAAUCCAGAGCUUGAUAAAAAAGUGGAGAGAAUGAUUAGUCGACUGUCUUCACAGAAUCAAAUGUUUGAGAAAGUACAUCAGUUCUUCUCUCUUUCUUGUGCUGUAGGAACGAAGAAGGAGAUAGAAGUUUUCAGAAUCUAUAAGGAAAAUUUCUUUCAAGAGCAUCCUUUCAUUCAUACAGUUUUGUUUGAGAUGUAUUACGGUGUCAUUGGUCAAGAUGCAGAGCAGUAUCAUCAGAGCGCCAUCAAGUUUUUAAAAGACACAAAGAGUGCAGACAGAUACAUUGAGGGAGUCAUCAAACGAUUCCCAAGAAUCCCUCAGAAACACUGGCUGAUUGCACUGAAAUGCUUAUAUGCUGCUUUGCGUGUCAGUGAAAGUGUUUCUGCUCCAGUAUUCACUGAUCUUGUGUCAAUUCUAACAAAAAGUCUUCAGCACUCUGGAAAUGUACAAGGAGCAAUAAUCAAUCAGCUGAUGAUACUCAAUGUCAUGAUGCAGAAGACGUCUGAGCAGACACUGGGACUAAACCUUUCUGUCUAUGAGAAGUUGUGCAAAAGUCUAUUGCCUUUCACACGUCCUGAUUAUUCAAGUCUAAUUAGAGUUUGGACCUAUGGACUGUUUGCCAAUAUAUAUGACAUUGCUCCUAAACUUGUAGCAUUGACCUCUGUCCCAGAGAUGAUACUAAACACUGCAGAGAUAGAGAUGGAUGCAGUCAUGAAAAAGAAACUGCACAAGUUGGAUGAAUCACUGAGACGUCCAGCGGGUUCGAGUGCAGUGGAUAGUUUAUGUGAGGAGACUGCAGCUCUAUCAACAAGCAGCAAGAAGAAGAAAAAGAAAAAGAAAAAGAAAAAGAAGAUCACAAGAUUGUGA